UGACAGGCGGGCACGGCCGGUGGCGCGGGGAGUGAGGCGGCGCCCCGGGCACCGGAGCUGAAGGAGGGGAGAGGCCCAGGGAAAGAAGCCCAAGAGUCACACCCCUGCACCUACAGCCAUGGGGGAGAUGGAGCAGCUGCGGCAGGAAGCGGAACAGCUCAAGAAACAGAUUGCAGAUGCCAGGAAGGCCUGUGCCGACAUCACCCUGGCAGAGCUGGUCUCUGGCCUCGAGGUGGCGGGACGGGUCCAGAUGAGAACCCGGCGGACGCUGAGGGGGCACCUGGCCAAGAUCUACGCCAUGCACUGGGCCACUGACUCCAAGCUGCUGGUCAGUGCCUCGCAGGACGGGAAGCUGAUCGUCUGGGACACCUACACCACCAAUAAGGUGCAUGCCAUCCCGCUGCGCUCCUCCUGGGUCAUGACCUGCGCCUACGCCCCAUCGGGGAACUUCGUGGCUUGCGGUGGGCUGGACAACAUGUGCUCCGUGUACAGCCUCAAGUCCCGGGAGGGCACGGUCAAGGUCAGCCGGGAGCUGUCCGCACACACCGGUUAUCUCUCUUGCUGCCGGUUCUUGGACGACAACAACAUCGUGACCAGCUCGGGGGACACGACCUGCGCCCUGUGGGACAUUGAGACUGGGCAGCAGAAGACGGUGUUCGUGGGCCACACCGGGGACUGCAUGAGCCUGGCCGUGUCCCCCGACUUCAAACUCUUCAUCUCGGGCGCUUGCGACGCCAGCGCCAAGCUCUGGGACGUGCGGGAGGGGACGUGCCGGCAGACGUUCACGGGCCAUGAGUCGGACAUCAACGCCAUCUGCUUCUUCCCCAGCGGAGAGGCCAUCUGCACGGGCUCGGACGACGCCUCGUGCCGCCUGUUCGACCUGCGGGCGGACCAGGAGCUGGCCACCUACGCCCACGAGAGCGUCCUCUGUGGCAUCACGUCCGUGGCCUUCUCCCUCAGCGGCCGCCUGCUCUUCGCUGGCUAUGACGACUUCAACUGCAACGUCUGGGACUCCAUGAAGGGCGAGCGUGUGGGCAUCCUCUCUGGCCACGACAACAGAGUCAGCUGCCUGGGGGUCACAGCUGACGGCAUGGCCGUGGCUACGGGCUCCUGGGACAGCUUCCUCAAAAUCUGGAACUGAGGCGGCUGGAGGAGGAGGGGGUGACCCAGCCCCCCUUGCCUCCCCCCACAUGGCUUGAAAGCGUUUCCUCUUCUAGACCCCCGCUGCCAACCCCAGCCAACUUCCCCCUAGAGAAGAUUGGGGACUCUGGAGAGGGGGCAGCAUCAGGAACUCAGGGGCACACAGCUGCCCCGGCUCCUUCUGGGGCCUCUGCUUGCUCUCGCUGGUCCUGAUAGCGUCCGCUGAUAGGAAGGACACCAGCGCUCCCAGCCCUGGACAGGCCACCAGGUUCCCAGCCAAGCCCCAGGCCUCCUCCCUCAGAGCCACGGGGUGACCCGGGAUGCUCAGAUCGGCGACCGUGUUCCGGGUAUCACUUAGGCUCCUGCACCCCCUUCAUCCUUUCGCUUUUCCUUUUUCUUUCCUGCAAUAAAGUGGAGUGGCUCAGUCUG